CCCCGGUUGCCUGGCUGGCCUGGCCUGCUGUGUUGCUAGCCUGCAAGUGAAUGAGUUCGCCAGCCCCCGGUACAAUAAACACACCGGGAAGAAGGGACGAUACCUGCUGGUGGCAUCCGGAAAGCUUGAAAUAAUCUUCACCUAGCUUUUUUUUCCACCCCCUUCAGAGAGCAGUGAAGUUAAACUCUCCGCGUUUCCCUAGUUCACCAGUGACUUUCUCCUACAACAAGAUCACGCGCGGUGGGACCACGGCAGAGUUGGUUGCCUAUUGUCAACGACGAUGUUCCAGGGGGUGAAUGGUUUCGGGGGGGGGGGAAGCAAGGCGUCUUCAGGGUUUGGACAAUGGUACAUGGACAUGCAAGACGCAAAGGAGGAGGAAACGGGUGACGUGGAAGAAGGGUCGGCAUUGGGUUGGCGAUUCUGGCAAGCCAACGAAAAGAAGACGGACGGGCAGGCGGCGCAGCCACUUUUACCGGGGUUCCUGCGGAACGAGGCGGCCGCUCCUGACCGAGAUGCGGUGAUCAUGGGCAUGUCGUACCAGCAGAGAUUCAAGGGUUUUGUCGUGUCGUUACUGUUGUCCGUGGCCUUCUUCGCGCUCGCGUUUGUGAUCGGGCUCCCGACGAUCAUGCCGAGGCCGCACAAGUUCGCGCUGACCUUCACGCUGGGGAGCUUCUUCUUCAUGGGCAGCUUCGCCAUGCUUAAGGGGCCUGUCGCCCACCUGAAAUCAAUGCUGGCACGGGAUCGGCUCCCGUUCACGGUGGCGUACGUGGGCUCCAUGGGGGCCACCCUGUACGCGUGCCUAAUCUUGCAGUCGUACGUGAUGGUGGUGACCUGUUCGGUCAUCCAGCUCCUCGCUCUGGCGUGGUAUUUUUUGAGCUUUGUGCCGGGGGGCAGUAAAGGGAUGAGGUAUUUCGUGUCGGCGAUUCACAAGACGGCGCGAUAUACUCUCAUGCCUUGCAUCGAGGGAUGUCGAAAAACUCUGUGCUUUUGUCUCAGCCGCGGCGGGUCAUGACCCCGCCCGCACCCUGCCCCCUGUUGGGAAAAAAUUAACAUCAAUAAUAGUUCUUCAUGUAGCGACGGUCGCACGACGUAAGUCGUGAAUCUUCGCACAGAGUUGCUUUCGGGUUGUCGCGAGGCGCGAGGGAUUGGUGCAACAGUUGUCAAGUGUCGUCGUCAUGGGCACCUAGAUUUUGGUCCUAUUGUUGCGCCGCGGCAAGUAGGAAGGUGACGCGACAUUGCGCCGCACGCAAUUAUCCGAUGUGCCAAGGGUAUCUAGUGAUGCAGGUGGUGUACGCGAUGGAGCUGAGCCGUCCAGCCUUCUUCUCUGUUGCUCAAGCGCUCGUGCUGGUACUGGGGAUCACGAUUGGUUGUCAAGAAGCUUACUGCACGUACCGAAUGUCACCGUUUUGGGCACCUGCUGAAUUUCGUCGCAUCAUGUGGUUAUGGUCACUGCUGCUGCUGCUUUUGGGAGGUAUCAUGAUGACUGCAAUUCGACUACGACUACAGGCGGGGCUUGAAACAGGAGAAGUACCCUUGGUAGUUGCGUCCCGCCUGCCUUCCUUCCUGCCUUCCUGCAUGUUUGUCUCUCAUUGUGUUUCUCUCUUAUGAAUGAAUGGGGCGAAAUAUGUUCAGUUUCUUGGGGUGAACGUUAAUAUCAAAACCCGCAGCUUAUAUUUAUGUAGAAGACUUCUGGAUAGUCGAAAUCUCCCUGGAGAAAGACUUGUGUAUUGUCCGCUACGUUCUUCAAUAGGUGUGGUGCGUCCGCGUGUUUGUCAGAGGCUUGUAAACUUAGGUAGCGGAAGCGGGCAGGAACACGGAUUGAACGUUUCAGCUGACACGGCAGCCAUUCUUGGGUCUCGUUUCUCUGUGCUACAUCGAGAUUGAUUGAUGCGCUCCUCGGGGUGCAAAACAUCCAUGAUAUCCAUGCAUUCUCAGUAGCUCGAGCGAGUGUUUCAGAAGAUGUUGCACGUACGCCGGAUGGCACUUUUUUUGCGAAUUUACAAUACAAGUGGUGCUGUCAGCGGCCUCAUUUAACUCACACAUCUCAGUACGGAAAACAUGGGGCGAUGGGCGAUGCAUGCCCUUGUGACUGGCCGACCUACUACGUGAGUGAUCGGGUCUGAGAAAAUAACGUGG